AGAAAAGAAAAAAAGAUGGUUAUUUAUCGCAACAUUGUUCGUCGUUUUUCGUUAUUAUCCCGUUUGCAUGUCUCAACACCUUGUUUUAGUGCAUUGUCUUCAAAUGCGUUGCCUGCUGUUCUUCCUUUUGGAAGAAAUUCUGUGAUGAAAAUAAAUUUUAGAAAUUAUCGAUUUACUUCAAUUUUGGGGGGAGAAGUUGUUGAAGUUUCUGGCCCAGCAUUUGCUGAAUCGAUAUCGGAGGGGGACAUUCGUUGGCAAAAAAAAAUUGGAGAUUUUGUUAAGGCAGAUGAGCUUGUGGCGGAGAUAGAGACAGAUAAGACAUCUGUCGAAGUUCCCGCUCCUUUUGCUGGAAAAAUUGUUGAAUUUUUGGUUGAAGAUGGUGCAAAAGUGAUCGCUAAACAAAAAAUUUAUAAAAUGGAAAAGGGUGCUGAAGGUGGGGCAGCUGCUGAAUCUCCAAAAGAAAAGCCAGAAGUAAAGAAAGAGCCGGAAGAAAAACAGGCAGAGCAAAAACCUUCUGAUGCUCCAAAAAAGCCUCCACCUGUUCCAGAAUUGCCUAAAGAGCCAAUGGAGUCUAAGCACGUUUCUGAAAUUAAACCUAAAGUUGUGCCGCCAAUUUCACAGCAACAAGCAUUUCAGCCAAGGGAUUCAACAGGAAUAAUUGGAGGAAAUCGUUCAGAAACUCGUGUAAAAAUGAAUAGAAUGAGACAACGUAUAGCUGAGCGAUUAAAAGAAGCACAAAAUACUAAUGCAAUGUUGACUACUUUUAAUGAAAUUGAUCUUUUCAAUGUUAUGCAAAUGCGCAAAAAAUAUCAAGAAUCUUUUACGAAAAAACAUGGUGUUAAACUUGGUUUAAUGUCUCCAUUUGUUCGUGCAUCAGCUAUUGCUUUGCAAGAACAACCUGUUGUUAAUGCUGUAAUUGAUGGAGAGGAAAUACUUUAUAGAAAUUAUGCUGAUAUUUCUAUUGCUGUUGCGACACCUAAAGGUUUAGUUGUGCCUGUUUUGAGAAAUGUGGAAUCUUUGAGUUAUUCUGAUAUUGAAAAAAGUUUGGGAGAAUUGGGAGUCAAGGCUCGCGAAAAUAAAUUAGCAAUAGAGGAUAUGGAAGGAGGUACUUUUACAAUUAGUAAUGGAGGUGUUUUUGGUUCAAUGUUUGGCACGCCUAUAAUAAAUCCACCUCAAUCUGCUAUUCUUGGAAUGCAUGGAAUUUUUGAUCGUCCAGUAGCUAUUGAUGGAAAGGUUGAAAUUCGUCCAAUGAUGUAUGUUGCCCUCACUUAUGAUCAUAGAUUAAUAGAUGGAAGAGAGGCUGUUACCUUUUUGAGAAAAAUUAAGCAAUAUGUUGAAGAUCCGUUGACUAUAUUGCUAAAUUUAUAA